AUGAUUAUGGGACCUUCACGGUCUAAAUCCGCUGUUCGUCCAACUUCCUCGCAUUCAAAUGCCACUGUCACACCCCAUCUGCGGAAGGGAGAUGUCGUGGGGAUUCAUAGAGGUCUCAACUGGAGUUUGGAGCUUGGGAAUUCCUUCUUUGAACAUGGAAUACCUGGCCAAGCAGGAGAUCAUGUGUCGGAGUGUGCUCCAUCUGAAAAUGGCGGACACUCACAGACAAAAGAGGGCUGGCUUAUUGCCAUGGAAUGGGACCUUGUUGAAGCAGCUGAUUGA